AUGAGCCUCGCGAUAGUCUGUGAGGAGCUUGUUCGAACAUAUGUCACCUCCAACUUCGAUUGGAAGCCCAUCAAGACCAAAAACAUUGAUGCAAUGAAGGGUGACACUCACGAGCAGAAACAAAAGGGCCAAUUUGGCCAGAGAGUGGUGCUAUCGCUAUUGAUUUUGAUGCCAAUCAUUUCCUUUUACUUGGGGACAUGGCAAUUGAAGAGACUCUCCUGGAAAACAGACUUGAUUUCUAAGGGAGAAGACAGACUCACCUAUCCUCCAGUACCCUUGCCAAAGGACAUUGACCAAAGCAUCACCAAGGACAACGAGUUCAGAAAGUUCUACGUUAAAGGCCAUUUCAAGAAUGAAAACGAAUUUUUUGUUGGACCCAGAACCAGAAAUGGUGAGAGUGGUUUCAUGGUUUUCACUCCCUUUGAAAGAUCUGAUGGUGGCGAGCCAUUGCUCAUUGAAAGAGGUUGGAUUGCAAAAGACAGAGUCGACCCAAGAUCAAGAUCACUACGACACCUAUCAUUGCCAGAGGGUGAAGUGACUGUCGUUGUUUUGGUGAGAGAAAUUGAGAAAAAGAGCUCUCUAGUUUACGACCAUGAUCCCAGCUCCAGACUAUACUAUCAUCCUGAGAUCGAAGAUAUGGCCAGAAGAACAGGCUGCAAACCAGUUUACUUGCAAGCUGCUAUUGACAUGAAAGAUAAACCACUUCCCCCAAAGCAACCAGAACCUGAAGCCAAAGAAUCCAAGUCAUCGUGGGCUCUAUGGGGAAAGAAGAAUACCCCAGAAAACACUCCAAGCAAAAUCGAACAACAACAUCAGCUCGAACCAGACUAUGAGUUCGCUCCUCGAGAAUUCAUUGAUGCUGGUGUUCCAAUUGGUAGAACUCUAGCUGUUAAUGUCAGAAACAACCAUUUGCAAUAUCUCAUAACUUGGUACAGUCUAAGUUUGAUUUCCUCAGUAUUGCUAAUAGUCGUGUUGAAAAAUGAUAAGAACCUCAAUCCAAUUCAAGCCAAAUUGAAGCAUGCCAAAAGAUUUCAAUAA